CGGCGCCGGCGGCCGUUACGGGGCGGCGGCGCGGGCGGGCUCGCCGGGCCCUCCUCGGAGCGGGGUUGUCAGUAACAAGGUGACUGGUAGAAGAGAAAGACCUACUCCUGACAAUGUCCAGGAGAAAGCUGGAGAGUAAAAGCCUUUCAGGCUUGUUAGCCACAUCUCUACAGACACAAAUCAAGACAGACAAUUUUCACAAUUUCUACGUGCUUGAAUCUAAAGAGCUAGGAAGAGGAAGAUGUGCUGUGGUUAGAAAAUGUACAGCUAAAUCCACAGGUCAAGAAUACGCAGCUAAAUUUUUAAAGAAAAGACGACGAGGUCAGGACUGCAAAGCAGAGAUUCUUCAUGAAAUUGCUGUACUUGAAUUAAUGAAAUCUAAUCCUCGCAUAGUCAAUCUCCAUGAAGUCUAUGAAACAGCAAAUGAGAUCAUCUUAGUGUUGGAAUAUGCUGCUGGAGGAGAAAUCUUUAACUUAUGCAUCCCAGACCUGGAUGACAGAAUUGGUGAAAGUGAUAUUAUAAAACUUAUAAGACAAAUACUUGAAGGACUUUGCUGCUUGCAUGAAAACAAUAUUGUGCAUCUUGAUUUAAAGCCUCAGAACAUCUUGCUGAGCAGUGUCAAUCCUCUUGGUGAUGUAAAGAUUGUAGAUUUUGGUAUGUCUCGGAAGAUUGAGAAUUCUAGUGAACUGCGGCAAAUUAUGGGAACAACAGAAUAUCUAGCUCCAGAAAUCUUAAACUACGAUCCUAUUACCACAGCUACGGAUAUGUGGAACAUAGGCGUAAUUUCGUACAUGCUGUUAACACAAGAAUCUCCAUUUGUGGGAGCUGAUAAUCAAGAAACUUUCCUUAAUAUAUCUCAAGUUAACGUUGAUUAUUCAGAAGAAACAUUUUCAUCAAUUUCACAGCCUGCCAGAGACUUUGUUCAAAAGCUUCUCAUCAAAAAUCCAGAGGAAAGACCCACAGCAGAGGCCUGUCUCUCUCAUUUGUGGUUACAGCAAGGGGAUUUCAUACUCUUGUGUAGCCCCGAAGAAACUUGCUGCCCUUCUGUGAUGCCAGGACACACAACAAAAUACUCAGAAGAGCGGAAUAUAAAAUCCAGUUGUAAUGGUACCUGUGGCAACAAGGAAGACAAAGAAAACAUUCCAGAGGACAGCAGUACAGUCUCCAAACGCUUUCGGUUUGAUGAUUCAUUGCAGUAUCCACAAGACUUCAUGACAGACUUCAUAUGUUAAUGUGUUUUUAUAGACUUUUUUUGAAAUGAAUUUAGCAUAAUCUAUUCCAGGAGUGAAUAUAAGAUUAUGACUUCCCAAUUCAUGCAGCAUUGACGUACUGGAAAUGCACUUUUGAUCCUUUUAUGCUGGUGCUUCCUUUUCUGUCCGUUGCUGGCAAUGGAUUUAACUCCUGAGAAAUUGGAAGUUAUAGCACCAAUAGAAUGAGUUCUAUGUUGUGUUUUUAAAGAAGGUAUAAUUAAAUAUAUUUGCACUUUCCAAGUUUUAGUCCAAAAAUUAUGCCAGAUUGAACAAAUUAAACCUGAAAAUGAGUUUAAUUAAACUCAAACUUUGCCAAGCAGUGGUUGAGUAACACACACAUUUUUAUUAUUACAUCUUGAUAAUAAACUGAUCUAAGCAGAGAAACUGAACUGAGCUCUCCUACUAGGCUUAGUUGUAACCAUUCUCAUCAGUUUAAAUGAAAGUUAAAAAAUAGUGUGCUUUGGGAAUAUCAAACAUCUGUUGAGACCAUUUGGACAACUGCCUUUUCUCUAGGAUCAGUAGUAGUUAAGAAAAUGUUUCUGCCUUAUUGGUCUGGUCUGCUUAAAGAUUACAAUGCAUAUUGUGUGCAUUUUUCCUGUAUUGAAUCUCUGCAGUGCUUGAAUAGAACACGGGUAGAUUGAAUAGAGCAUAGAUAGACUGUCAUUCCUAGCGCUAGUGGCCCUUUGCUUCUUAUCAGCAAGUUGUAUUAGAAGAGGAUGAAGGUCCUGUGCUGAUGGGCAUAUUUGACACACCUGCGGGUUUCCUUUGAUAUAGUCUCUGUAAAAUAGUAUUGUCUACCUGUAAUGAUCUAUUCCUCAUCUUAAAGAAAGCUUCGGAGAUUAAACUAAUAACUGAGUAUAAUCAUUUUUGCCAGUGAAACUGCAUUUAACAGCUUUUUAUUAUGCCCUUCUAAUGCAGAUGCUCAGUGCAUCUUUUCUGUCAAUUAUUGUUACCCACAAUACUUAUGCCCGCUCUGAGAAAUGGACUGCAGUGUGUUAGUAAUUAGACAAACUAUCCAGAAAUUGUUUUAAACCCGUAAACUUGCUUUGUUUUCUAGGUUUGUCAUUUUUUAAGUCAUAAAGACUUAAAAAAGAGAUAUCUCUUCUUAUUAUUUCUAAGAUCUGUGAAAUAAUACAUAUGUCAAAUUUUGGCUUGGAGCAAAUGCUAAUCAUGUUUUAACAGCCUGAAACUAUAGUUUACCCUUGAAAUACUGACAGAUACAAUCCUGAUCGUAACAACACUGAGUUUAAAAGUCUGUGUACAGAACGUUAAUAAACUCUCAGAAAUGUUCUGAAAGGGCUCUUUGAAAUACCUUUGCAAUUUUCCAUUCCUCACUGCACAGAUUUACCCUCUUUUGGUUUGGGUUUAGUUUUUGUAUAUUAGAAUAUCACAGUCCUGAUAUUUUUUUCUUUUUUUUUUUUUUUCAAAUGUGUCUAUGGAUCUGUCAGUAACUAAGCAAACAGAAGUUUUGGAACAUCAUAUGAGAAGUAAGUAAACAGAAUGACAAGUAAAAGGUUGUAUUUUUAUCUCCCCACUGCGUGCCAAAAGGAAUAGACAAAUUUUUUGCAAAUAGGUUUCAGUAUAAGGUUUUGACUUAAUGGAUGGGGGAAUUCAGGACUAGUGUCUUUUAUUUGGGUGAUAUUCAUCUUGACAAGUGUGAAGUCAUCUGCAGUAAAGCCUGUAAAACCAAUAUUUUUGUUUUUAAGUUUUUGUUUGUUUGUCAGAAAUAAAAGUUUUCUAAGACUUAAACUCAUGUGAAAUGAAAUCACAAGUAUGUUUGGCAUGGAUGAAGCUCAAAUGCCUAUGUAUAAAUUAACUGCAGUGACUCUUCUCUGCACAUUAAUUCUCAUGUAACUUUUUUCUGUGAUGCUGAUAAUAGAAACUAUAGAAUGAUUUCAUUGGAUGUAGUUAUUGGAUUGUAUUCAGGUACUUCAUACCAUUGUCAAAGUUUCCAGUUAGUCUUAUUUAAAAAAAAUAAUUCCCUACCAGCAUGGAGUCUAAUUUAAAUUGUGUAAAUUAAAAAUAUGAACUGUUUUAUACACAUACACUCACAAUUUAAAGUUCACUUAAGAUAAAGGAAGAAACUGUCAAAAGUUACAAAAGAUAAAGGUGGGAAAAAUGGUUUACAAAGUUAAUUACAUUUUAAAAUUAUCCAAAAAUAUUACUAAACUGAGAUUACAACCAGGAAUCUCAUGUCUUUGUAUACUAGUGUUCUGUUUUUAACAUCCAGAAAAUAAAGCUGAACGCAUAUGCCAGCACUUUAUCUUAAAUAUUCCUUAAAGAUUUUAUUAUGGUAACUGAUGUUUACAUUUCUAACUACUUUUGGA